UGUGCUGGCAUCCUAACGCAUGGAGGGGACAAAAAGUAGAUACAUAACAUGAAAGGUUGGCUGGUCUUUCCAUGAAUAGUACACUAGGACUAAUGUUUUCGUCAACAUAUCAAUGAUUAAAAUCAGCCUUAUCAGCUAGGAAAAAAGCACAAAUCAUGUUCACAUGAGACUUGUUCAUAUUGAUAAUGAGUUCUUCCUCUGGAAAGUGAGCUAACUAGGACCCCACUAUUAGAUGCUCCUAAAAUUUAUCAACCCUAUAUACUCAUGCUGAUAGUUCUAAAAUUGAAGGAAUUUUUUAGUAACUUCAAUGGAUGCUUUUGGUUUGAGAGCUCUGCAUAAUUUUGGUUUGCUUCAGGAAAUGAGCACUUCCUGCCACAGGUUAUCAAGUUGAAGCUGGGAGGCCAAAAGUCGAGAAUUCAGCACUAAAUGGGAAACUCUAAAGUUAUUGCACUCUAUAUCACAAUAUGCGUGGUUUUGUUUAUUGUCUCGAAAAUUAUUAUGACAAUCCUCUGUUACCGUAGAUGGAAGAGAAAGCAAAUGGUUGUUCAAGACAGUUUAUCUGGUGGAAAGCUAGUGAUGUUUAAGUCACAAAAAAUGAACACAUUGGAGUCCAACAUGUUGUUGAAGAGGACCAUGAAGCUCACCAACAAAGAUAUUAUAGGAUCGGGAGGCUAUGGAACAGUCUAUAAACUGACAAUUAACGAAUCAACUUCGUUCGCUGUAAAGAGGUUAAACAGAAUAAGCGCGGAGCAAGACGGAGGUUUUGAAAGAGAAUUGGCGGCAAUGGGGGACAUAAAGCAUCGAAAUAUUGUGACACUUCAUGGAUACUACAGUACAUCUCAGUAUAACCUUCUCAUCUAUGAGCUUAUGCCUAAUGGAAGUUUGGAUGUAGUACUUCAUGGAAAAUUUGCUGCCCAGAAGGUUUUGGAUUGGCCUUCAAGAUACAAAAUAGCAGUAGGAGCUGCAAGAGGAUUAUCAUAUCUGCAUCACGAUUGCAUCCCUCACGUUAUCCACCGAGAUAUUAAGUCGAGCAAUAUCUUGUUGGAUCAUAACAUGGAGGCUCGAGUAUCUGAUUUUGGACUAGCCACUCUGAUGGAACCAGAUAAGACGCACGUUUCAACUUUGGUAGCCGGAACUUUCGGAUAUUUGGCUCCUGAAUAUUUUGAUAGCGGAAAAGCAACAGUAAAAGGAGAUGUUUACAGCUUCGGAGUCGUCUUACUGGAGCUUCUAACUGGGAAAAAACCAACAGAUGAAUCAUUUUUGGAGGAAGGAACCAGACUUGUAACUUGGGUGAAAGCAGUUGUUCAAGAGAAAAGGGAAGAGUAUGUACUUGACAGAAACUUAAAGGAGUUUCCUAUAGAUGAAAUUAACCAUGUAUUUAACAUUGCAUUGAUGUGCCUUGAGGCAGAUCCAUGUAUAAGGCCAACCAUGGCUGAAGUUGCAAUAAUGCUUGAGCAAAUAAAGAUAAAUGCUUUGGCUUGAGA